AUGCUCGCUCGCCAGCAGCAGCUGCCCGUCUGGGCCGGUCCGACGGCGGUGCUGCUCGUGGUGCUGCUGCCCGCGGUAGCGCAGGCCUUCUCGGGCCUCUGGCGAACGCUCGAGCCGGAGCGCCAGCAGCUGUGGCGGCGGCUGGACGUGGCGUCCUCCAGCCCCAUGUUCCAGCAGGCCGCCCGGGCUGCCCUGCAUUACUUCAACUACCGCGCCGCCUCGCCCAGCACCUUUCGAACCCUGAAACGAGUGCGCAGCGGCACCGCGUGGGUUAAUGAGAAGAAAGGACAGAAGUUUGAGCUGGAGUUUACUAUAGAAAGCCACAAGCCAGAGUCAAAUGAAGAACGUCUGGGCGCCUGCUCUGCGUUUGUGAUCUUCAAGAAUCAUAAGCCCAAACCUGCAGUCAACAUAACCUGCACACGACUCCUAGAUGAGAAAGAAAGAGAGCAGGAGGAUUACGGACUGUACAAGCAAAUGAAGCAGCUGAAAAGACCCCCCGAUGGGACCAGAAUCCCAGGCAACCUUGGCCAUCUUGACCCAUCUCUGCAGCCCAUGUGGGACUUAGCCAUGGUUGGCAGCUCUUAUGUGAUGUGGGAGAAGACGUCACAGUCAUUAUACUAUUAUAUGAUGCAGCUUAGUGGGGUAAAGCAAUGGACAACAAGAGGUGAUUUUAUCAGUUUUAACUACACCGUCCUACUCCAUGAAUUCUCAACCCAGGAGAUCAUUCCCUGCCAGAUUCAUCUACUCUGGUAUCCUGGCAAACCCCUUAAAAUCCGGUAUCACUGUCAAGACCCUGGGGCACAAGAGGAAGGUUCUGGGAAUGGCGAAGGCUCGGCGGAGACCCCUACAGAGAUCUUUAGUAACUUCUGAAAGAUGAAAUACCUACUAAUUACACUUAUACCAAUUUAAAAUGACUAUACUCAACGGCUUCAGCUGCUACCCGGUACAGUAGCUGACUAGAAUCAACUCCAUAUUCUGGAGACGUAGGCAACACCGUGAUUAAUAGCCAAUGUUCAGAAAACCCCCGGUAUUUUUUUAAAUUAACUUCUGGGAGCACUUGCCUGAUUCCAGUAACUCAUGAGUGCACUUAGCUCCACUCGGAGAUACUUUGGGGCCACCUGAAUGCCAGGACUGGUUAAGCCCUAAAACACUACAUAUAAAGGGAGAAUGAAUUAACAGCUUCAGAAGAGGAUGCUCUUCAGGCUGAAUUUUCUAUUCUCCAAAGCUUGUACCUAAUAUUACUUUUAGAAUUCUAGCUGAUUAUUUUACACCACUCCAAUCUCAGUGUCCAUGCUAGUACGGAAAUAAAGAUAAUAUAUUUCAAUAAAAGUAAAGUGAAAGGGAAC